AUGGGCCUAGAGCUCUACCUGGACUUAAUAUCCCAGCCCUGCCGCGCCGUCUACAUCUUCGCCAAGAAGAACGGCAUCCCCUUCGAGUUGCGCACGGUGGAGCUGCUCAAAGGUCAGCACCACAGCGACGCUUUUGCCCAGGUGAACCCCCUGAAGAAGGUGCCAGCCUUGAAGGAUGGGGACUUCACCUUGGCUGAGAGUGUGGCCAUCCUGUUGUAUCUGUGUCGCAAGUAUGAGGUCCCUGACCACUGGUACCCUCAGGACCUGCAGGCCCGUGCCCGUGUGGAUGAGUACCUAGCAUGGCAGCACACGGCCCUACGGAAUAGUUGCACACGAGCCAUGUGGCAGAAGAUGAUGUUCCCAGUGUUCCUGGGCGAACAGGUGCCCCCUGAGACUUUGGCAUCUACUCUGGCUGAGCUGGAAAGGUGCCUGCAGCUGCUUGAGGACAAAUUCCUAAAGGACCAAGACUUUCUUGCUGGACCCCACAUCUCAGUGGCUGACUUGGUGGCCAUCACGGAGCUGAUGCAUCCUGUCAGUGCUGGCUGCCAAGUCUUCAAAAGCCGACCCAAGCUGGCUGCAUGGCGCCAACGCGUGGAGACCGCCGUGGGAAAGGACCUCUUUCAGGAGGCACAUGCAGUUGUCAUGAAGGCCAAGGACUUGCCUCCAGCAGACAGUGCCAUAAAGGAGAAGCUGAAGCCCUUGGUGCAGGUUUUGUUGCAGUGA